UUGACCCUCUCAACUGCCCCAAAAUAUUCUCACUUUCUUCUGCUUCCAUCUCUCCUGUGUUGUGUCUCCAAUACAAAACCUGAGAGGCUCACUGGUAAGAAGUCACUCUCACAUCACCUCCUCUGUGUGACUCUGAUUUGUGACUUUCAGAGCCAAUGUGACUGAGGUUUUAACUGCAUAGUUCCUAUGUCUAUGUCUUUUCCACUAUUCUUGAGUGUCAUAUUUAUACCACCACUGUUGAAUGUUGAUAUCUUAGUUUUGUUGUUCGUGAACCUUUAAAUUCAACUCUUCUUUAAACUGUUUCUAUCAGUCACAAGGUACAAACCCUGAAGAUGAUACUUCUUUGUCUGAAGUGACUUCUCUGAAACACUUCCCCAGUAUUUCAUUUCAGAAUCAUUCACACCAACUCAUUCAGCAAAAAGACAGCAAUGGCACAACAGGAGGAAGGGUGGCCUUUGGGAUUGAGAUUGUUGAAUUCCAGAAUUGGGUUGGUGAUGAAUGAUGAUUUUUCUGGAUCAGCCUCCUUUAGUACUGUGCUCACUGGUUCUCCCACCCCUUCAACUGAUUCUUCCUCAGAACUUGGGACUGAGUCCAUAGGAUCAUUCUUCCAUGACAAGAGCAUUACACUUGGCAGCCUCACUCGUAUGUCUAGCUUCCUAGAAUUCUCAAGGAGAUCAAGCAGGGGAAGAAUGGUGGAACCCUCAAAGGACAACAAAAGCUAUCACAAGAAGCCUUGGUUGUUUUCACUUUGUUCAAGGCUAAGCACUGAUGCAGUGAGUGGGGAUCAUGCUCCCUCUCUUGGUCACUACCUUGAAGCUGAGAGAAGAGCUGCAAGUACUUUCAGAAGGAAUCAAGUUCAAUGUUCUACCACUUAUGCUCCUAAUGGUUUCUCACUUAUUCAAAACUCCAAUUCUCUAAUUGUUGGGAGCCAAGUUGGACAAGUUCCAAACUGAGAAAUGGAGCCUGGUGAUUGGUGAAUGCAUGGAUAAGGAUAACUCAGAAAAUGAUGGAAUUGAAAUCUUUUGUCCUAAAACUGUGCUUGAUUCAUUGUCCUACCAAUAAAAUGUUGACAUGUUAAUUAAAAACCACUAGGUAAGUUUAUAAUUGCCCCACUUAUGUCUCUUUUAAUUGACAUGUAAAGAUUUUUUGGUAGGACAAGAAAUUGAGACACUAUUUGAAGACAGAAGAUCUUGAUUCGAAAUGAUGACCCCUUAGCACUCAUUUAAGUAUCCUUCAUUGAGGUCAUGGUGUUCUUGAUCUGUUUCUGGAGAUUCUCCUGUUUGGUAAUUAACUUUCAAGGGAUUAGGAUUUUAUAUUGUGUAGUGUACUCUAUUAUGAUAGUAAUAAAAAAAACUUCCAAA